GCCACCGCAAAGCUUAGCUUCGCUUCACCACCUCUCGCCGGCCGGCCAACUAUAGGUAAGUAAGUGAUGAUGGCGGCGAGGCGCGGCGGCAUGGCUCUUCUUGUUGUGGUGCUGGCGGCGGCGCUGCUUGCCGGCGUGGCGUCGGCGGCGGGGAUACCGCCGAAGGGAGGGCGGAAGCCCCCACCCAACUCCAGGUUCGUGAUGCUGGCCCCCAAGACGUUCGGGCACAAGCGCAACUACCAGGUGUCCUGCUCUGACGAGGGCGGCCCGGCCUGCUACGUCGGGUGCCCAAAGGAAUGCCCAAACAAGUGCCUCGUCUUCUGCGCAUACUGCCUCAGCUUCUGCAUGUGCGACAUCUUCCCCGGCACCUCCUGCGGCGACCCUCGCUUCACCGGCGGCGACGGCAACACCUUCUACUUCCACGGCAAGAAGGACGACAACUUCUGCAUCGUCUCCGACUCCGACCUCCACAUCAACGCCCACUUCAUCGGCAACCACAACCCGGACCUGAAGCGCGACUUCACGUGGGUGCAGGCCCUGGGCGUCACCUUCGGCGCCGGCCACCGCCUCUACGUCGGCGCCCGGAGGGACGCCGAGUGGGACGAGGACGAGGACCACAUCCAGAUCACCUUCGACGCCGAGCCCGUCGAUAUCGACGCCGUCAAGAACGCGCGCUGGGUGUCCAAGGCCCUGCCCGGGCUCUCCGUCACGCGCAUGGACACCGUCAACACCGUCAUGGUGGAGCUCGCCGGUGUGUUCAGCAUCUCGGCCAACGCCGUGCCCAUCACCGACAGGGACAACCGGAUCCACAAGUACGGCAAGACGGAGGGCGACAGCUUGGUGCACCUGGACCUGGGCUUCCAGUUCCACAACCUCACCAAGGACGUCGACGGCGUGCUCGGCCAGACCUACCGCCCUGGCUACGUGACCAAGGUGGACAUCAAGGCCAAGAUGCCCAUCAUGGGCGGCGCGCCGAAGUACCUGUCGUCGACUCUCUUCUCCACGGACUGCGCCGUCUCCCGGUUCCACCGCAGCGCCGGUGCCGCCGGCACAACAUUCGCCUCUUAAAUCUUAAAUAUAAAAUUAUAAUACUACAUGCGUGUGCCAGGAAAUAAUAACCAACAAAUUAAAUAUCGAUCCAUCGCCAUUGUCUUGCAUUGUGUAGGGGACGUACGUAUAAACAUGCAUCAUGCAUGCUUGUGACAAGUGAUCAUACUACAUGCGUCUCAUAACAUGGAAGAAAUAAGUUUUUGGCCA